CGCCGUUGCAAACUCUCGAUGACCGAGCACAAUGAGCGCCUUCUUUUGGAGAUGGAGAUGAACCCCGCGCUCCUCCAGGGCUCUCACCGCGAGCAGUGGGAAGCGAUCUCCGACCUCGACUCCUUCUUCAAGCGGGUGUACAAUUACUUUGACGAGCGCGGCCUCCGGUGCAUCCUAGCAGGCCGGCUGAUCAGCCUGGGGAUGCUCGCCUUCACCAUCGCCCUGUCCGCCUACCUGGCGGAGGCCGUCAACUGGGACGGGCUCGUCAACGAGUGCGUCGACGAGAGCACGUGCGCCGGCGUCAAGCUGCUGCGGGAUGACUCCUUCCGCUCGCCCUCGCCCUUCCUCGUGCUGUUCCUGCUCGUCUUCUCGGUGUACUGGCUGUGGAUGCUGCUCCACUUCUUCUGGGACCUGCGCGCCCUCCUCGAGAUCCGCUCCUUUUACCGCCACAAGCUCAACAUCGACGACUCGGAACUGCUCGUCGUCAGCUGGGACACGGUGGUCCAGCGGGUGGUCGAGCUGCAGGCGACGGCGCGGCUGUGUAUCGUCAAGGACCAGCUGACUGCGCACGACAUUGCGAACCGCAUCCUCAGGAAGGAGAACUUCAUGGUGGCCCUCGUCAACCAGAAGCUGCUGCCCAUCGAGCCGCUGCCGGGCUUGCGCCUGUCGGUGAUGACCAAGACGCUCGAGUGGGCGCUCGAGGUUUGCCUUCUCGACGCGAUGUUUGACGGGUCAGGCUUCCGGAUCAGACCCUCCUUCACGCAGGACGUGCGAGGGCUGCAGCGGCGGCUCUUCGCGUGCGGCGCGCUGACGCUGCUACUCUCGCCCUUCAUCGCCGCAUUCAUGCUGCUCUUCUUGUUCCUCAAGCAUGCGGAGGAGUUCCACCGCCGCCCCGCCGCCUCCGCUUUCUCGCGCGACUACUCCCUGCACGCGCGCUGGUGCAUGCGCGAGUUCAACGAGCUGCCACACCUCUUCGAGGCGCGGGUCCUCGCCUCGGCGGCAGACGCGAGCGCCUACGUGCGCCAGUUCCCCACGCCGCUGCUCACGCUGGUCGCCCGUUUCGUCACUUUCAUCGUCGGCUCGCUCGCCGCAGUGCUGAUCGGGCUCUCUCUCAUCAACGAGUCCGUCCUCGUCUUCUACCGCAUCUCGCCCGACGCGCUCUUCGGCGAGGCUGCGGCGCCGCGCCAGGGAUUCAACCUGCUGUGGUGGCUCGCCGUCUCCUCCACCAUCCUCGCCAUCUCGCGCGCUUUCUCCGACCCUCCCAACGCGCCCCUCCACCCCGAGGCCUUGCUGCAGUCCGUCGCGCGUCACACGCACUAUCGGCCUGCGAGGUGGCGGGGCAAGGGGCACACGCGAGCCGUCUACGACGAGUUUGUCUGCCUGUACCAGUACCGCGUCUGGCUGCUGCUCCAGGAGAUCCUCGGCUGCCUCACCGCGCCGCUCGUCCUCUGCCUCGCCCUCCCCGCGCGCGCGGAGGAGCUGCUCGAGUUUGUGCGCGCCUUCACCGUCCAUGUCGACGGCGUGGGACACGUCUGCGGAUUCGCGCUGUUUGACUUCGAGCGGCACGGCGACACGCGCUACGGCGCCCCCGUCGCGGGCGCGCCCGCGCACCGCUCGCGCGACGGCAAGAUGGAGAAGUCCUACCUCAACUUCAAGCUGCACCACCCGUCGUGGCGGCGCGACGCGGGCGAAGUGCUCAUCGACCGUAUCGCGGGCCCCGGCAGUGUCGCUGCGGUGCAGCAGCUGGCGGCAGCAGCGGCAAGCAGCUCGCCCGACCAGCUCGCAGCGGCGCAGCUCGCCGCCGCCCAACUCGCCGCCGCCGCCGGCUCGUACACGCGCGACCUCGCCUCGCCGCUUGCGGACGGCGACGAGCCCCCCUCGCAGCGGCGCGCGGCGGCGGGCGGGGCAGCUGGUGCGGAGGUUGGCGCCGCCACUGACUACCAGCCGAUGGGCCAGAGCCUGCCGGCGCUCGAGCCGGGGGUGGGGACCGCGGCCUCGGCCGCUUUCAUGCGAUCGUCCCUCGGCGCGAGCGGCUUGAUGCUGCUCGCGCGCUCGUCGGUGCAUGCCGAUGCGGGCGGGCGGAGUGGCGCCGCAGCAGGCGGGUUCGCUCUCGGCGCGUCGUUUCCGGGCGUGCCAGCUGGCGCCGUCUCGAGCGAGCUGCAGUCGGAGCAGCUGACGUCAGACAUGAUGGGCCUACUCGACCAGCAUUUCGUCGCCCACUCGUGCGGCGGCGGUGCGCGCGGUGGCGGCGGCGGUGCGCCGGCGCCGUUCCGCGCAGAGGAGCAGCCGCUGCAGCCGCCGCCUCCGGCUCAGGAGCUCGAGCUGAGCAGCAGCCACAACGUGAGAGGCGGCGCCGCCGGCGCCGAGGCGGGCCUUCCCGUGGCGGCGCCCUCGGAGCAGACCUCUCCGUCGAGCUCUUCGCCCGACUUGGCGUCGCAAGCGGACCACCAGGUCUGACAAAUGGCUGCCGCACUCCGGUCCGUGGACGCUGCAAAACGCCGUGCGGGCUCUGUUUGGAGCUUGCCCGGCGCGGGGACCCCCUCGUCCACAGUCUCUUCCACAUUCUCUUCCGCAUUCUUCCGCUCGAGGGGAGGGGGCUGCAUCCUCGCGGUCGUAUCGUCGCGCAGGCAUCGCCACACCUCUACAAUCCCCCCCCCCCCCCCCCCCACACACGUAAGCCCCUGCGCGCUCUGUAUAUGCCCCAGCCGCUUCGCCCGCCACACGGGCGCGAGGUUUUGCCCCGGUGCCACUGUCCGGGCGUCUCUUUUGCAAGUUUUAGCUCUGGUCGAGAAAGAAGGACACGAGGG